AUGGGGAGUGUGGAAGAGGAAACACUAGUUCAGAUGGUGUAUGAUUUUAUAGAAUCAGACUCAACUACAGCGGUACCACUAUUGAACUCUCAUCACUACUCCAACGUCUCUGCUCCUCUUAAUACUCAGCUCCAGUAUUUCACUUUACAGGAGAUUCUUGGGCGUAGAACAAAAAGAGAAGUUGAGAUUGUGGAGAGAGUGUUAAAGUACAUGAGUGAGAAAAAGGAAGGUGCUAAAUUUUCUAGUCAGAAGAAAUUCCUUGUAAUGAGGCUUCAAAUGGAUGGUUACAACGCUUCACUUUGCCAUACUUCUUGGCCUACUUCUUUCGGUUGUCCAGCAGGUGAUUACGAGUACAUUGAGAUAUGUGUAAAGGAGGGUGAGAAGUACAUGAACAAAAGAAAUGGUAAAAGGGAGAGAGUUUUGGUAGACAUAGAUUUCAAGUCACAGUUCGAAUUGGCAAGGCCCACUUCAGCUUACAAACAGCUCACAAACGCACUACCUCAAAUCUUUGUGGGGAGUGAGGAGAAACUCAUCCAGAUUAUCACACUCCUCUGCUCCGCAGCCAAACAGUCCCUUAGAGAGAGAGGACUCCAUGUACCACCUUGGAGGACCGCCGCUUACAUGCAGUCCAAAUGGCUAUCUCCAGGCAAACAACAAACUAUUUCUAUUGCCAACGAUACAAACUUGGCCGGUGAUAAUAAUAAUAGUAAUAACUUCAUUACCAAUUGGGCACCCCCAAUUGUUGUAAAACCCACCAGCAGAAGAGAUUCUGGUUUGUCUAGUCAAUUUUCUAACAUGAGAAUAAAUUGUUGCUAA